GAAUAUCACGAUGCCGCCACGUAGGUACGAGUUCGGAAGGCCUGAGGAGGCAACACAUCCUGAUUCCAUGCGCGCCGCCGUAUCGGAGUUUCUUUCUACUUUCAUCUUUGUCUUUGCCGGCGAAGGAUCUGUUCUUGCUCUCAAUAAGAUGUACCAUGGUACAGCAUUAUCAGCAUCUGGGCUUGUUUUCAUUGCGUUGGCUCACGCUUUGGCACUGUUUGCUGCUGUGUCCGCAAGCUUUAACGUGUCGGGUGGUCACGUAAAUCCAGCCGUGACCUUUGCAGCGUUAGUGGGAGGUCGGUUAUCUAUGAUCCGGGCUUUGUUUUAUUGGAUUGCUCAGUUGUUGGGUGCGGUUGUAGCAUGUGUUUUUCUGAGGAUUGCAACUCAUGGAAUGAGGCCAGAGGGUUUCGCCAUCGCAGCUGGUGAAGGAGACUGGAACGCUUUGUUAAUGGAGAUCGUGCUAACAUUUGGGUUAGUUUACGUUGUCUAUGCAACAGCCAUAGAUCCGAAAAGAGGAAACUUGGGAAUAAUUGCUCCAUUAGCUAUCGGUCUAGUAGUUGGUGCCAAUAUUCUAGUUGGAGGACCUUUUGAUGGUGCAGCCAUGAAUCCGGCUAGGGCAUUCGGGCCUGCUUUAGUUGGAUGGAGAUGGAACAACCAUUGGGUCUAUUGGGUUGGACCCUUAGUUGGUGGUGGUCUUGCGGGUCUUAUUUACGAAUAUGGAAUAAUGUCGGAUCAUCAUCAUCAAGCUGUGUCUCACUUGCCCCAUACCGUUCAUCAACCUUUGGCACCAGAAGAUUACUAGGUUAAUGAAAUGAUUUGGUGGA